CCAAAACUUUUAAAUCCUCCAACACCCUCUGUCCACCAGACAAAAAUGACAGGUUUUAAUUUGAGAAGCUUCACAUCUCUGCUUAUCAUUGCAUUUCUUGUUUGGUCAGAAACAUGCAAUGCCAGAAGAGGCAGGCAUUGGAGACAAACCACAACUUCCUUCACUUCUCUGUACAAGAAGAAAGGGAGCAACAACCAUAAAAAUGGCAAGUCAAAUCCAAAUCAAUCACUCUCACAUUCUCUACCCAACAUGCCCACCAGCAAAGGAUAUUCAGCCACCACUUUCAAUGUCAGGGACUAUGGUGCCAAAGGGGACGGAAAAAGCGAUGAUACCAAGGCAUUCGAAGCGGCAUGGGCAGCUGCUUGUAAAGUGGAAGCGUCAACAAUUUUCGUCCCAUCAGAAUAUGUAUUCCUCGUAGGACCCAUUUCAUUCUCUGGUCCAUACUGUCAGCACGACAUUAUAUUUUGGCUAGAUGGUACGAUAAUAGCUCCAGUAGAUGCCAAAGCUUGGGGUUCAGGUUUUUUGCAAUGGCUUGACUUCACAAAACUAGUCGGAAUUACAAUUAAAGGAAGCGGCAAGAUUGAUGGAAAUGGUGCAGUUUGGUGGCAUGAUUCCCUAGGUGGAAGAAUGCCAGGCAUUAAGCCAACAGCUAUUAGAUUUUAUGGAAGUUUCAACGCUACAGUCACAGGCAUUACAAUUCAGAAUAGUCCGCAAUGUCAUCUCAAGUUUGAUAACUGCAUUGGGGUAUCAGUAUACAAUUUCAGCGCGUCAUCACCUGGUGAUAGUCCUAAUACUGAUGGAAUCCACUUACAGAACUCCAAAGAUGUCCUUAUCCGCAGUUCCAAUGUUUCAUGUGGAGAUGAUUGUGUUUCAAUACAAACUGGAAGCUCAAAUGUUUAUAUACACAAUAUAAAUUGUGGGCCAGGACAUGGAAUAAGCAUUGGAGGGCUUGGGAAAGAUAACACAAAAGCUUGUGUUUCAAAUGUCACUGUGAAAGACAUCAUUAUGCAUAACACAAUGAGUGGUGUAAGGAUUAAGACAUGGCAGGGUGGAUCAGGGUCUGUGCAAGGACUGAUGUUCUCAAACAUUCAAGUUUCUGAAGUCCAAAUACCAAUUGUAAUUGAUCAGUUCUAUUGUGACAAGAGCAAAUGCCAGAACCAGACAUCAGCAGUGGCUUUAUCAGGAAUUAUCUAUGAAAAAAUAACUGGAACAUAUACAGUAAAACCCGUGCAUCUUGCAUGCAGCGACAAUAUGCCCUGUAUAGACGUGACCCUGAAAGAAAUCCAACUAAAGCCAUUGCAACAGCAAUACAACAUGUAUGAUCCAUACUGUUGGCAAACUUUCGGACAGUUGUAUACUCCUACCAUUCCUCCAAUUCAAUGUCUGCAAGUUGGCAAGCCAUCAAGCAGCACGAUUCCAGCUGAUUAUGAUCAAUGCUAAUUAGCAGCACGACAUAUAUUUUGGAUUUGUGAUUCCGGAAAGGUUCUGCUGAUCCCUAUUACACCAACAUAGAACAUGA